UUGAUUCACAGAUGUGUUGUAUGUUAAUCUUGUUUCAGCGAUAUGCUUUAGUUUGAAGCAUUAUAAUAUAUUUUUUCCUAUUAUUAAUGUUUGUCUCGAAAAUUCAAAUUAAUGCCGCGCUUCAAAGAAAAUGAAAAUGGCGUAAUGGCACGUAACACUUAUCUUUCAUUUGUUGCCCACGUUCUUGUUCAAAGCAGAUAAAUAUCAAACUACUAUUUAAUGAAGUUACCGAUGAGUGAUUAAAUUCUAUCCAUUUCUUCAAGCAGAAAAGUAAAAAAACUUCUGCGUUUUGUGGGAAGAGGCGCAUUGCACGCAAAUUUUGUAGUACGUAGUUUCAUUUUAUUACAAAUGGAGGUUAAUGUCUCACUGACGAAGAAUGAUAUAACUAUCAUGUUGUGAACUAGAAUUGAGUUGAAUAAAUUGUUUGAUUUUUACGUUGAAUUAAGAGUCGGACACGUCUGAAAAAAAAAUUUUAAAUUUUGAAGAAUUUGUGGAGAUAACACAUUUACAAUGGCAGAAGAGGAUGAUGGCAAAGAAUACAGAUGGGAAUCUGGAUAUGAAAAAACUUGGGAAGCGAUACAAGAGGAUGACGAAGGACUGCUGGAAGCGACGGUGGCUGAAAUCAUCCAGCGCGCCAAGAGGAAGCGGCAGGCCCAGCAGCGGGUGAACGUCAAACUGGGGAUGAUGCGGCACCUCUACAUCAUCCUGGACUGCUCCGAGUGCAUGAACAACCAGGACUUGAAGCCCACCAGGCAGCUCUGCACCAUCAAGAUAUUGGAAGGUUUCGUAGAGGAGUUCUUUGACCAGAACCCUAUCAGCCAACUGGGAAUCAUCACUACAAGGAACAAAAGGGCAGAAAAAAUAAGCGAGCUUGCUGGAAAUUCACGUAAACACAUAAUGAACAUUCAGAAAACAACGGAAACACCAUGUGCUGGAGAGCCGUCUCUUCAGAAUGCAUUAGAGCUGGCUUUGAAGUCUCUGAAAAUGCUGCCAAGUCAUGCCAGUCGCGAAGUACUUGUUCUGAUGGGCAGUCUCACGACCUGUGACCCUGGCGACAUAACUGUCACAAUUAAGAGCCUGAAGUCGCACGGGGUGCGCUGCUCGGUGAUCGGCCUGGCGGCGGAGGUGCACGUGUGCCGCCUGCUGGCCCGCGAGACGGGCGGCACCUUCGGCGUGGUCGUGGACGACCGCCACUUCAGGGACCAGGUGCACCAGGCCGUGGGGCCCCCGCCGGCCGCCGCCUGCCUCGAGGCGUCCCUCGUCAAGAUGGGCUUCCCGCACCAGGCGGUCCACGGUGGCAAGGAGGCCCCCAUCACCCUGUGCAUGUGCCACAUGGAUGAGCCGGACGGAGAAGGCAGCAAGCUGAACCGCGGCCGCUACUCGUGCCCGCAGUGCUGCAGCAAGUACUGCGAGCUGCCUGUGGAGUGCCGGGCGUGCGGGCUGACCUUGGUCUCCGCCCCACACCUGGCCCGGUCCUACCACCACCUCUUCCCCGUCGAGGCGUACAAGGAGCAGGAGAUUGGCGGCGGCGGCGACCGCCCCCACCACUGCUUCGCCUGCCAGCGACCCUUCGUCGAGCAGGACAAACAUAAGUACCAGUGUCCGACAUGCUUGAAGAUUUUUUGUAUAGACUGCGACUUGUUUGUUCAUGAAGCACUCCACACUUGCCCCGGCUGUGCUACGAGUCAACAUACAUUCCAAGUAAUGGGUCGUGAGGUCAUGCCUGUCAUUUAAAUGAUUGUAACAUUUACGUGUGUUUUGAAUAUAACUUUUUACUGUAUCUAUACAUUUUCUUUAUUCCCAUUUAGAGACUAUAGAAUGAAUAAAUUGAUAGUUUUUUUUUUAUACUAUUAUCAGAAACAUAUUUUUCAUUUCUAGCUACUAUACUCAUAUUUUAUGUAAUAAAAUAUAUUCAAUAGUGAUAUAAUUGUAACUUAUAUCUUCUUCGGUACAGUACACACUUGAAGAUAUUUCUCUUAGAAUAUAAUUUUUUGCACUUUCGUAGUUAUUCUCUUAUUAGGGAGUCCUCUUUUCUGAACCCUGAGGUUAGUAUUCAGUACUGCUAUGUUCAUACCAUUUUAAGAUUGGGUUUAUGGACGUAUUACUACCCACAAUUAAGUGACUGAAGGUUGAGUUAUGCAAAUAUUUGCUAUGUCUCACACUGUACCUCUCACGAUGACUGAAGCCCGGUCCUCAACCUGCUACCAGCAGUAACCCCUGCCUGCAGAGUGUGCCCACGGCCGCACCAACCCUCCCCACCUUCACUAACCCGUGAACAACGCAAAGUGCAUAAUAUCUGACAAAUGCACAAUAUGCUUAUAAAUCUAAAUGUUACAAUAAGCUAGUACUAUUCACUAGGAUGUGUGUUACAUAAAUUUCGGUAACAUGUUAGUUUUCAUUUUACCGUCUUUAUCUUGGUGGGUUUUGGCGCGGGGCGACACUGUCCUACUCCUUCGUGCAACCCCCUCCCAGCAAUCUCCAGCAGGCCACGAUCCCGGGCGGACUUGUCAUUCCAUGGGAAGUCUUCAACUUUGUUCUCAACCAAUAGCAUAAUUCUGGUAACUAGAGUUCAUCUCAACCUUUUCACUUAGCUUCCCACAUGUCCCCGGGUCAUUUUGCAAUGCCGGGUAUAUCCCGCCGGCCUUAAACUUCACCCUGCCACGUGACCACGUCUGCAGGGUCCGCUUUAUACAGGACUGGCCGACUCCAGAAGAGUGCUUCAAGUUUACAGCCUCGGACUUGUCUGCUGGUAUCACAUCUCUUUGUUUUUAACCAUGAUAGAUUCACGGCUCAAACAGCCACGUGUAAAGACUAGUUACGCGAGCAACUUACAGGAUUGGCUGCCUCCAAUCGGAAUCCACAAGCCCCUAGCAAGACUGCUGUGAGGAUAACUAAUGCUGAACAUAGAUAAAUAACAAACUUAAGUGUCAAUGUUGAACUCAAGUGUUUAGUGUGUGUAGUGUUCCAAGUAUCCAUGCCAAUUCUAUGUAACUAUGUCAAUGCCACGUGGUGAUUAAAGUUACAUUUAUCCAA